AUGCAUGCGCCAAACAGCUUCUCUCUGGGCAACUCUUUGCUGCAGAAUUUUCACUACCGGCUGAAGCUGAAUUUGCUGCCAGCAGAAGACGCUGAGCUCGCCCGCAGAGUGCAGCAGCAGCUGCUGCAGCAGCUGCAGCAGCAGCAGCAGCAGCAGCAGCAGCAGCUACUGCAGCAGGCGCAACCGAGCAGCCCCUCUGAAAGAGCGGGAGCCACAAAUUCUGCUGCCUCAGCAAUUGCUGCUGUUGCCGCUGCUGCUACGGCGGCAGCAGCAGCAAAAGAGAGCGAGGCAGCAGCGAAGCAGCAGCAGCAGCAGCAGCAGCAGCAGCAGCAAGAGCAGCAGCAGCACGGCAGUGUUUUGACUUUGCCUCUGCCUCCAGAGCACUUGGCUGAAAGUCUCUCAAAGGAUUUACAGAGUUUGGGAUGGGGUGCUGCUAGCCCUCCUGCUGCUGCUGCUGCUGCUGCUGCUGCAGGAGAGCAGCAGCAGCAGCAGCAGCAGCAGCAGCAGGGCUCAUGGGACACUGGCGGCGACCUUUCUGUGUGCAGCAGUGCAACAGCAGCAGCAAAUGGAUUGACUUGCAGCAGCAGCAGCUCAACACCUCACACGGACUCUUCCACAGGUGUGCUUCUGCUGCUGCAGCAGCAGCAGCAGCAGCAGCAGCAGCAGCAGCUGGAAGAGACGCACACAACAUUGCUGUGCUCGAGCGAAGCAUCUCCUCAGCAGCAGCAGCAGCAGCAGCAGCAGCAGCAAGCCCAGAUACUUCUCCUCAAAGAGAGGAUUGCUGACCUGGAGCUUCAGCAGCAGCUGGAGCAGCGGAAAAGCGCCGCUGCUGCUGCUGCUGCUGCUGCUCUGCAGCAGCAAGUGCAGCAGCUGCAGCAAGACAACCAAUACCUGCGUCUUCACUUCAAGAGGAGCUUUGAGCCUCCUGUUGCUGCUGCUGCUGCUGCUGCUGCUGCUGCUGCUGCUGCUAGUACCCCGCAGCAGCAGCAAGACCCCCAAAGCUGCAGCACGGAGCUUCUGCAGCAGAAGCUAGCAGUGUACAGGCAGCAGCUUAUGAUGCUGUUUGAGCAAAACCAGCUGCUGCUGCAGCAGCAGCAGCAGCGGCAGCAGCAGCAGUAA